UCUCUCAGCCCCAGCACUGAGGAACAGGGAAAUGUUGGUACAAAGUGGGGAUGGAGUCUCUCCCCAGUAAGGGAAGCGGUGUGAGCAGGAUAGGGGUCUCCAGUGAGAAAAGGAGCCAGUUGCUGUAUGCAGAGAGGAGAAGGAGAGGAGCUAGGAUCCUCUGCAUUGGACUGUCGUGCCACUGAGGGAAGGGCAUAGCCAAGAGGGGACAAGGACAACACCAUUUCCCACUACACUGAAUUCAAGGAUAGACCAUAGAAGUGGAUAUGAUGGAAAUACCCAGUAGAUCCUAAUUACCUCUGCAGAAGGUGUCAUGCUCAGGGGGGCUCAGGGGUGGAAAAGAGCCAGUCUGAGCGAGUGGAGGUAACACCAAGACGGAUUCCGUGUAUUGCAUUUGUAUUGAAGCAGGAUCCUGAGACAAGCCACCAUGGCUACCCUGAUUAGGAGCAAACUGUCUAAUGUGGCCACCUCGGUGUCUAACAAGUCCCAGGCCAAGGUGAGUGGGAUGUUUGCCAGGAUGGGGUUCCAGGCUGCCACUGAUGAAGAAGCGCUUGGCUUUGCCCAUUGUGAUGACCUGGACAUGGAGCACAGGCAGGGGCUACAGAUGGACAUCCUGAAGACUGAAGUCCCUAGUGGGGAUCCCACAGCCGAGGGUGACAGCCACUACCAAAGAGAUGGAACAGGGCCCCCUUCUUCUGCCUCUAAAGAUGAAGGACUGUGCUCUGAGCUUUCUUCCUAUGGGAAACCCAAAAUCACAGCCUGGGAAGCUGGUUGGAAUGUCACCAACGCCAUCCAGGGAAUGUUUGUUUUGGGUCUACCAUAUGCAAUCCUUCAUGGUGGAUACUUGGGACUGUUUCUCAUUAUAUUUGCAGCUGUUGUUUGUUGCUACACUGGUAAAAUCCUCAUUGCUUGCCUCUAUGAAGAGAAUGAAGACGGUGAAACAGUGAGGGUGAGGGACUCCUAUGUGGACAUUGCCAAUGCUUGCUGUGCACCAAGGUUCCCUAAGCUCGGGGGAAGAGUUGUUAAUGUGGCCCAGAUUAUCGAACUGGUGAUGACCUGCAUUCUCUAUGUAGUAGUGAGUGGCAACUUGAUGUACAACAGCUUCCCAAGCCUGCCAAUUUCCCAGAAGUCUUGGUCCAUCAUUGCCACCGCUAUGCUCCUGCCCUGCGCGUUUCUCAAGAACCUUAAAGCUGUGUCAAAGUUCAGCUUGCUCUGCACCUUAGCUCAUUUUGUCAUCAACGUCCUGGUAAUUGCCUACUGUCUGUCCAGAGCAAGGGACUGGGCCUGGGACAAAGUGAAGUUCUACAUUGAUGUUAAGAAGUUCCCCAUCUCCAUUGGCAUCAUUGUCUUCAGCUACACCUCCCAGAUCUUCCUGCCGUCUCUGGAAGGGAACAUGCAGAGCCCAAAGGAAUUCCACUGCAUGAUGAACUGGACUCAUAUUGCAGCUUGUAUUCUCAAGGGACUCUUUGCCCUUGUGGCUUACCUAACCUGGGCAGAUGAAACCAAGGAAGUAAUUACAGACAACUUACCAUCAACCAUCAGGGCAGUGGUCAACUUAUUUCUGGUAGCGAAAGCCCUGUUGUCUUAUCCACUGCCUUUCUUUGCAGCAGUCGAGGUUUUGGAGAAGUCGCUUUUUCAAGAGGGCGCGAGGGCCUUCUUUCCAAACUGCUACGGGGGUGACGGGAGACUGAAAUCUUGGGGUCUUACCCUUAGAUGUGCCCUAGUAGUCUUUACUCUACUCAUGGCCAUUUACGUGCCCCAUUUCGCCCUGCUAAUGGGUCUCACCGGCAGCCUGACAGGAGCUGGUCUUUGCUUCCUCCUUCCAAGUCUCUUCCACCUCAAGCUGUUGUGGAGGAAGCUACAGUGGCACCAAGUCUUCUUUGACGUCUCCAUCUUCGUCAUUGGUUCCAUCUGUAGCGUUUCUGGCUUUGUGCAUUCUCUAGAGGGGCUAAUAGAAGCCUUUAGAUUCAAUAUAGAAGAUUAAAUCUAAUAUGGCUAUAGGCAGCCCUCUACAGUGCAAAGAAUUAUGCAUCAGUUUCUACUGACAUUCUCAUUUUACAAACAAAAACCCACCUCAGCUGACAGGGUGGCUGAUCCCACAGACCUUUGCAAUGUGUCUUCAGCCAGCCUUGCAGUCGAGGGAAUCACGGGGCCCCUUUGUUUUUUUUGUUUUUGUUUAACUAAAAUUACAGCUGACAUAAAGAUUGAACUAUAUAUGAAUUGAAAGGGAGAUAUUUUAUUUUUGUUAUAUUUAUUUAAUGGAGGAUAAAUUACGGCGGAUAUAAAAAUAUAUAACAAAGAUAUAUUGAUUGCAAAGGAAAUUGGGAGGUUCUCUGAAAGGAAAGCCGGUUUGCAUGAUUUUUUAUUUAACUCAUCGGUCAUUUUUAAACCAGCACAUCAAGCAAACCACAAGGAUAUACAAGUACCACAAGUUAAAGGGGAGCUUUUAUGUGUCCUUUUCCUCUAUCCCAACCUCUUCCCCCCCAAAAAAAAAUCAGUCAAGGAAGGGGUUGAGAUAAAUGCUUAUAUCUGGUGUGUGGGUCUCAACAGCUUCCUUUAGAGGGGAGGAAAUCCACCAGUUCUUCCCAACAGACGUUCCCACAACUUGACUUCUAUGAGGGUGUUCACAUGGGUGGUUGCUGAAGCUUCAGGCAGCUGCUAAGCUUAGCUUCUCCUAUAAUAUACAGUACAGCAAAGCCUAAAACUGCGGUGGUGACUCGUGGAACCAUCCAUGGAAGAGAAGAUGAGGAGCAGACACACACCAGUGAUUGGCAUGGGGACGGAAAGUCAUCAUGUGCAGUUUUUCUUUUCCAAAGUGCAAGGUGUUAUUACCUGUGAGUGUGUGUGUGCGUGACGUAACUGUGCUCACAGACAAAUGUAUAUCCUAAAACUCUAUUGUGGUACCUUAUUAUACAACAAUAAACAGAGAGAUUCUUGUGA